AUGCCUAAAGUUAUUCGGUCACCUCCAGUUAGUGAAAUCCAACAUACUAUGUCAGAUUCAGACGUAGUAUCUAUUAAGAAAAAUAAUCCAGCACCAGUCUUUCAAAUGCACCGUUCCAAGCGACGAAGAGGUUCUCCCGAGGACAAAUAUCCCUCGGAUGAUAUCAAAAAUAUGAUGUCUGAAUGGAAAGAAAGCCAAAAUACGAUUUUGAAUAAGCUCGUUGCUGACGUUGCUGUAAUUAAGCUACAGAAUUCUGAAAUAAAGGAAUCAAACAAAGAUAUUGAAAAAUCACUGGAAUUCAUAAGUUACCAAUAUGAAGACAUGCGAAGGAAAGUAGAACUGUUAGAAAACGAGAGGAAAUGUCAUAUCACUCAAAUAGCGGUACUGAAAAAUAAAGUUGAAGAAAUGCAAAGAACCUUGAAGUCAUCAUCUAUUGAAAUUAGAAACCUACUAAUCCUGAAAAUAGCUAUAAAUGCCAGCGUCUCUAAUAAAGAUAUAAAAGACGUAGUUGUUUUGAAUGAAAGAGGAGAUAAAAGCACUAUUGUCGCUGAAUUCACCACAAGUGUCUUAAAAUAUGACGUUAUCAGAAGCGCAAAAGAAUAUAAUAAGAAGAACCCGUCGAAUCGUCUGAACACUACCCAUAUCGGAUUAGAUGGCCAAAUAAGUGCCAUUUAUAUUUCAGAAUCCUUAACUAGGAAAGCAAGAAGAUUAUUCUAUUUGGCUCGAGAUGUCGCAAAAUCUGAGAAUUGCAAAUACUGCUGGUCUAAUAAUGGCAAAAUAUACCUAAGAAAAAGCGAGGAUUCACGUCACAUUGAAAUCAAGGAUGAAACCCAGCUCACAGAACUAAAAAGUGUUCUAUGA